AUGGACUCCUCCAAUGGAUUCCGCAACCGCUUCUCCCACGGACUCAGCAGGUCCAAUGCCGCAGAUGUAGAAGAGAAGACUCUUUUUCCAGAUCCCGCCAGGCAGAAACGCCCCGGCCUAGGUAGCCGGCAGGUGUCGUCAGCCAGCAUCGGCCAGAUUGAGCAGAUUGUUUUGGACGCCAAGAUCGAUACCGAGACGUUUGGUGUAUCCGAGACCAGAGAUGGCUUCUUUGACGCACUGUUUCUCAAGUCAUCAUUCACGUACUCCCCGGAGUCCUUCCGGGAGCAUGCAGAGGCUACGCUUCCCAGGGCUUUUGACAAGGGCGAGCCCUUAUCUCCCCGGUACUUUGUCAAGAAGCAGUUCCACGAGCUCAACUCCCUGUUGACACGUGUAACGACGACGAGGUCCGGGGUUCGUCUGGCCAAGACGUUUAUGGCCUUCUUUGCCGCCUACGUCCUGUGCCUCGUCCCUGCUGUGCACGACUGGCUCGGUCGGUACAGUUACAUCAUGCCAGUGUCGGUUAUUUUCAACCACCCUUCUCGACCCGUCGGCUCGCAAAUCGAUGGAGCCAUCUUCACCACCCUGGGGACCGCAGCUGGUAUAGGAUGGGGUGUCGUCGGACUUUUGCUGUCAACGUCGACUCUGGCUGCCCAGGCUGGCUUCGGUGGUAUCCUGGCCAUGUUCCUGGCCAUCUUCAUGGGCAUCAACGCGUGGAUCAGAGCGUGCUUUGUGAGAUUCUACCAGGCUGUACUUUGUGCCGGUAUGGCCAUCAUCUUUACUACCCUUACCGACACCAGCAGCCGCGAUAUUGAGUGGUCCAAGCUUCGCAGUUAUGCCAUAUCAUGGGUGCUCGGCCAGGCCAUUGCGCUCAUAAUUAACUGUGUUGUGUUUCCCGAUGCCGGGGCACGACCGCUUGCCGUUACCAUUCUCAAAUUCUUCGACGCUGCUCAGGAUGCCCUCACUAUCCCCCGUGCACGAGAUGUUAGACUGAGGAGGGUACUGGCAAGAGCAUAUGUCGACCUGUCCACAGCAUAUCGUGACAUGCAAAUGGACAUUACUAUUACUCGAGUCCGACCUAAAGAUUUCGGCCAGCUCCGUAACCUGAUGCAGGCCGUCAUACGAUCCCUGCUCACAAUGGAAACCGAGACGACCAUGUUUUCCGAAAUGCCAGUUACAGUCAUGGCCAACCACGCUGCUCCCUCUUCAGGGAGUGACAAGUCAAGCGUGAAAUCCUGCCUCUCGACUGCGCCUGGCGAGGACGCGAGCCGCAAAGUCAAGGAGAUCCUAGCGACCCCUACCAGUGAGGUACUCGAGUGCAUGAGGGAAGGGCUGAGACGUGGCGAAGCAGCACUCAUGGAUCUUUCCGGCUACCGGAAGCACAUGGGCCCUGCAUCGGACGUCUCGUCCCAUAUAGGGUCGAUUCAGGUCCGACUCUCGAGCGCCUUCUCCACGUACGAUUCCGCCGAGACCACACUGCUAAGAUCCGGCGAUCUCUCCCACUCCUCGCUAGAUGAGUCAGAUGUCAUUCCACUCUUCCUCUUUGCCAGACAUGUCCGUGAGGCUGCCAAUACUGUCAAGACGCUCCUCGACAAGGUUGAAGACAUGCAGAAGGCACCCUACUGGCCUCGGAUCUACCUCCCGUCGUACCCCUUGAGUAAGGCCGUGUAUAGAACCAACCGCCAGGUCCGCCACGACAGAGGCGGCAUCACGGCCGGUUCCUACCAAGUCACUUUUGCCGAUAUCGCCAAGCUCUUGGACAAGAUUAAGUCGCGCGAACACCGACCCCACCGCACAUCCAUGUCGCCUCAUGGCCAUGAUACCUGUGUAGACAGCAGCCACCCCACGAUGGAUUCCUCGACUGACGGAGGCACCCUGAACCGCUCUGGACACGGGCUCGGUUACAAGGUCUGGCUAGCUAUCCACCGUCUGCAGGGCUACGAGAGCCGCUACGCCUUCAAGGUCUGCCUCAUCACAUCUCUGCUCUCUGUACCCUCUUUUCUCGCCCAUGACGACUGGUGGGACCGGUACCAGGUCUGGUGGGCCGUAGCUGUAAGCUGGAGUAUGAUCCACCCCCAGGUCGGCGGCAAUUUACAAGAUCUCGUCACCAGGGCAUUCGCCGCCAUCCUCGGCGCCGUCUGGGCAGCCGCUGGGUACGCCGCAGGUCAUGGAAACCGCUACGUCAUGGGCGUCUUCGCGGCAAUUUUCAUGAUCCCCAUGCUCUACCGGUUCACGCAGAGUACUCAUCCUAGAUCCGGACAAGUAGCAUGCCUGUCGUUCACCGUCAUAUCCAUCAGCAUCAUCAACAACAAGGACAGCGGACCCGUCGCUCAGCAAGCCGUAUUCCAGGGCCUGGCUUUUCUCGUGGGAACUAUUGUCCCCGUAAUUGUCAACUGGGUUCUGUGGCCGUUCAUCGCCCGACAUGAACUCCGAUUUGCCCUUUCAUCUAUGAUGUUCUUUAUGAGCAUCAUUUACAGGAGCGUCGUCUCCAAGUACGUCUAUUUUGAGGAAGGCAUGGAGCCUACCCCUGAUGACAUAGAGCGGUCCGAGAUGCUCGAGGGCCGUCUGAGGGAAGGCUUCGUCCGUAUACGACAGCUUCUGGUCCUCACCCGUCACGAGCUCCGCCUCCGCGCCCCCUUUGACGUCCUCCCAUACUCGGCCCUCGCCGAGGCCUGCGAGCGCUUCUUCGACUACCUCAUUGCCGUGCGUCAGACGGCCCUGAUCCACAGCCCCACCUCCCUCCGCGACAACACCGAGGCGUCCGAGUUCCUCCUAGGCUACCGGCGUGAUGCCGUCGCUGCCGUCCUGGCAAAUCUGUAUAUUCUUGCUGGCGCUCUACGAUCUAGACGGCCUGUCCCUAUGUUCCUUCCCAGCGCAGCCGCAGCCCGCAAAAAGCUCAUGCUGCGCAGACUGGCCUUCCAGUCCAACGAAAAAAGCCUGCCACACGAAAAACGCGCAAACUGGAGCGACAUAUACAGUUACUCGUACAGGGAGAGCUUUACGGGAUGCGUGGCGCAGCUUGAGGAGCUGGAAAAGUAUACCAAGCUGAUUGUCGGCGAACAGGGGUAG